AUGAGAUUAAAUGACUUGACAGAAUCUAGGAAGAUGUUGAAACAAUUUAAGGAUAAGGAUGUCAGACCGCCAAGGUCAUAUAGUGAUUUCUCGAAAUCCCCAAGAUAAUUGUAGUUAGAUACAACUCAAUUGUAUUCGUGGGGUUUAAAUACUUGUGGUUAACAAUUAAAGAAUAAUAAAAACAUAACUCCACACUAUUAAGGAGUGACAUUAUGUUCUGCAGGAGAAAAUCAUACUAUCAUAGUGAAUAAUAAGAAUGAAGUUAUAGGGUUUGGUGACAACUAAUUUGGGUAAUUGGGAUAUGAAUCAAAUACUCAACCGAAAUUGAGUCCCAUAUUCAAAGAUCAAAGGAUAACUAGCGUAGUUUGUGGAGCUGAACACACAUUUAUGUUGACAGCUAAAGGCGAAGUUUAUUCUUGGGGUUUAAAUUUGAAAGGCCAAUUAGGUUUGGGUUGUUUCGAUAACAUAAGUCAGCCCACUCUCGUAUAUGGGUUAUUACCAUUUGGUAAUAGUAAUGGGAAGGCAAGAGAACAAUAAUAGGGUCAUAAGCGGAUGAAGAGUGCCAAUGAAGGGGAUUAGUCUACAUCUCCAGGAUUGAAGGAGAGAUCUUCAUCAAUCGACAAUAUAAUGGAGUAGCUUGUGAUGAUGAAAGAAAAGAUUAAAUAGAAGAAUACGAAUGAGAAUUUAUGUUAGAUUCUAUUAUAAAAUGACGAAGCAGUUUAAUAAGUCGCAUGUGGUGCAUUACAUACUUUAAUAUUGACUAACAAGAAUAGAAUUUUCUCUUGUGGUUUUGGUGAAUCAUAUGCAUUGGGACACUAAGAGAAUUAGACAAUAAGUGAGUUUAAAUUAAUUUAAAAUUUAUAUCAUUUUAAAGUGGAGAAAAUUAGUUGUGGCUUAGCACAUUCAGGUUGUAUCAUUGAAGGCGGAAAACCUUAUUUAUGGGGUUUUUGCAAAUCCAAUAAAGAAUUUUACAAAUAACCAACUCAAAUCAAAAUUGUAGAUGAAUUCAACAAUUAGUAAUGCGUAUUGGACAUGAAGAUGGGUGAAAUGUAUACCUUGUUUUUAACAAGCAAAGGUGAAGUAUACUCUAUGGGAGAUAAUAUUCAAGGGUAAUUAGGAAAUGAUUUAAACAGUUCUGAUGUGCCUAUUAAAAUUUUGGGUUUGCCAUUGAUAUCACAGAUAGCAGCAGGUAGAAAUCACAGUCUGGCUUUGUCUGCAGAUUACAAAUAAAUAUAUGGAUGGGGUUCCAAUAUCUAUGGAUAGUUAACGGGAUAGCCAAGUGUAAAUGGAAAGGGAAUCAUCUUACCUAAAUUGUUAUUCACAGUGCCUGAAACUCAGAGAAUUGUUUGUGGUAAUUUCCAUUCCAUUCUGUUAUCGCCAUCAUAUCUCGAGAUCAUUUUGGAUGAAAAUGACAAUUCCAAUAAGGAGUAGGAUAAAUUGAAUGAAGAGGUUGAAAAAUAUAGGAAUGAAUAAGAAAUACUAAAAUAAUAAAACAUUUAAUUACAAUAAAAAUAUGACAGGAUGAAAAAUGAAUUGUUAUCGAAAAAGAAAGUGAAAGACUAAAAAGUGUAAACAACAGAAUCGUACAUUUAAAGGCAAAUAAAAAAACAACAAUCUAAAUUUGAUAUUUCAGCAUUGGAGAUCUCCCCAGAGAGACCAAUCAAACAUAGAAUAUUUCAAUCUAGUUUGGACAUAGAUUUCAAUGACAUUAUGUUAGAGAAACAAAUCAGUGAGGGAGGCUAUGGAGUGAUUUAUAAAGCAAAAUGGAGGGAAACUACAGUAGCUGUUAAGAUGUUUAAGAUAGAUGGAAUGAAUGAGAAUCAUAUUAGAGAUUUUCUAUCUGAAUGUCAUGCCAUGGAGGCUUUGAGACAUCCAAACAUAGUAAUGUUUCUAGGUGCUUGUACUAAACCACCUAAUCUAGCUAUAGUAUUGGAAUAUUGUUAACGAGGGUCAUUAUGGCAGGUGAUAUAAAAUCAUGAUAUUCAUUUGACUUGGGAAGAUCGAAGGAAAAUGGCAUUGGAUGCUGCAAAAGGAGUGUUGUAUUUGCAUUCAUUCAACCCUCCCAUUCUCCAUAGAGAUUUGAAAAGUUUAAAUCUGUUGUUAGAUGAAGCAUUUAGAACCAAACUGGCUGAUUUUGGUUGGACCAGAACAUUAUCUAAUUAUAUGACUAGCAAGAUUGGAACCUAUCAGUGGAUGGCACCUGAAGUAAUCGCAGGAUAAGUGUACACAGAAAAGGCAGAUGUGUUCAGUUUUGGUAUCAUCUUAUGGGAAAUUGCUGCCAGAGAACCUCCUUAUAGAAAUAUCACUGGAUUAUAAGUGUCUUUGGAUGUUUUGAAUAACGAUUUUAGACCAACUAUUCCGAAGAAGACUCCUGAAGUCUUUACACGAUUGACUAAGAGGUGUUGGGAUAGAGAUCCAGAGAAGAGACCUUCUUUUAAGGAAAUCAUAAAGGAACUAGAAAUGAUGAAAUUCCCAUAAGGAGUGUGA